CUUAACCAGAAGGGCUGACAAGAGGUGAGGUUAGUAUAGCUAGGAUUCUCUCAGUUGAAACUAGGUUUACUUUGUCCUAUCAUUCCUGAAUUUAUGCAAAUCCAAACUGAGAAAACACUUUCAAGUAAUCAGCUUUUAGAAGAUAGAAUUUUUAAUCUCUACAGAUCAGAGGAAGCUAGAGGAUUUUACUACAUAAUGAAUUGCAUUUAAGAUUGAUGGAGAGUUUUAUGGGUGGCAACAUAUACAUCUGGACCGCAGGAGUCUGGCUUCCUAAGUAAUAGAGACAGGAAGAGAACAUUUCACGUUUAAAUUCCUGCUUCUCCCAUGCAGGCUCCACCCUGCUGUCUAUCUGAUGAGGAGGAACUAGAAAAGCUACAAAUAAAAGGCCUUGCUGCCUUAAAGGCUGCUGUGGCAGAGCUGAAUGGAACACCUUCAAAAUCAACCUGUAACACAAACAAUGGAGAGCUAAAAAAAGACAUAAAUAAAAACAAUGAACACUGUGAAAACCAGAAAAUAAAUCAAGGAUUUGGAAGUUCAGAGGCAAUGAGAGUAAGUCGGAAACAAAGGCCCUGUUACAAACAACUUCAACGAGAGAUCCAAAGGUUAGCAGGUGAACAGGAGUUCCCACAAACUCAAAGUCAGCAUCAAGGUCUCUCUGAAUCGUACAUUCAAUCCCAAGAUCCUGAUGCUCAAGUGUGUGUGAGUAAGGUCAUGCAAUUAUACAAAAUAGACAAUAAUCCCAAAAGAAAAGAGUUCCUGGAUGACCUUUUAAACCUACUGAAAAAACAUGGGACUCCAAUCAAGAGAACUCCCAUCAUGGCCAACAAAGUUCUAGACCUUCAUAAACUAUAUGAGCUAGUGGCAGAGAGAGGAGGACUGAGAGAAGUACAAAAAAACAAACUGUGGCCAGAGAUUGCAAAAAUACUCACCCUGGAAAAUUCAGUAAGAAGCCCUACUUCCAAGCUUAGGAUGAAGUAUAUAAAAUAUCUAUCUUUAUAUGAAUAUGAAAACAGAAGUCGAAGGAUCUUGGAGACCCCCCACACUAUCAAGGAAGGAGGAGAAGGAGAAAGAUGGGUUCCAAAACAGAUCCCAGGUGCCAGACUAUUUGGAAAACAUUUCAGUCCUGACACGUCUUCUGAGACAGAAAGAAAGAAAAAUGAUGUCUCUUGGUCCCUUUCUCCAAUCCUGGCUCAUCUCCACCAGCCCGAGACAGACCAAGCUCAGAUGGCUGCACAGGGGCCGAGUCCCCUUGCAGGAACUGCUGCAGCAUCCCAGUCCCCAAAUGGUCAAAAGAGAGGAGAAAAACGUUUCACGGAAGCAAUCGUGGAAAAAGACAAAAGGAAGAAGCUGAUGAAUAUGGCAACAGAGCUGACAGAAUGCAAAUGCACCAGGCAUAUUGAUGGGAUUCUGGACAUUGAGAGCACAGACAACUUUCUUAUAGCAUUAGAGUGCAAAGGAAUAACCUAUAAGGGCCUGUUAUAUCGUCAGUGACUUCAUUACCUAACGAAAGAGGCAAUGACAGCACCUUUAUUGUGGUUAGACUGUUUCUAUAAGAUUAUUUGUUAGAAUGAUCAAUUUCUCCAGGGACACUCUCUCGGUUUCUACAAAGGAACUCCCAAAAAGCUUUCUACCACAUCCCAAAGCCUCAAAGAUUACUUUUGCUUCCUUUAUGAAUCUAAUCCUUUUUAAUUAAUGAAGUUUGAAAGUAUCUUGAA